UUUAAAAGAAGUAAUUGGAUUAUGGAUAUUGGCGCUAUCUACCGACUCUUCUUCUACGACGAAAACAACAACAAAUAUGAAGAAUUUUGUAUCAUUUCGGCAGAAACGGCUAUUAAAUUUAGGGAUAAAGUGUUUUCGCCAAAAUAUUUACUGUAUGAAACAAUUUUAUAGCUCGAAAGGUGUUAAUGCAUCCAAUCCAAAUAGGGCAAAAGUUACGAUAAAUACAAUACAAAAAUUGUAUAAAAGUAAAGAGCCAAUCACUGUGCUUACUGCACAUGAUUAUCCUACAGGAUUAUUUGUCGAAAAGGCCGGAAUUGAAAUUUGUCUUGUGGGCGAUUCAUUGGGAAUGGUGGCAUUAGGUUAUCAAAAUACUUCGCCAAUAACUAUGGAGGAGAUGCUUCAUCAUUGUCGAGCUGUUACUAGAGGUGCAAAAUCUUCUUUCUUGGUUGGAGAUAUGCCAUUUGGGAGUUACGAAACGAGUCCCACAAAUGCAUUGAAAAACGCAAUUCGUUUCGUUAAAGAAGGAAAUAUGGAGGGUGUCAAAUUAGAAGGUGGAUCAGAAAUGUUAGAAACAAUUCAAAAAAUCACAAGAAUAGGAAUUCCUGUAAUGGGUCACAUAGGAUUAACACCACAACGACAAUCUUCUUUAGGUGGAUACAAACUUCAGGGAAAUACUGCCGAUAAAGCAAAAAAACUUAUCGAAGAUGCAAAAAGUCUUCAAGAAGCAGGUUGUUUCGCUAUAGUGCUUGAAGCAAUACCUGAACCUAUUGCUACCUGUGUCACGAAAAUAUUACGUAUACCGACUAUAGGCAUCGGUGCGGGCGCUGGCACAAAUGGCCAAGUUUUAGUUCAACAAGAUAUGUUGGGUAUCUUUGAUCGUUUUAUGCCUCGCUUUUGCAAACAUUAUGCAAAACUUGAUAAGAUUGUUACUGAUGCUAUUAAAACUUAUCGUGAAGAAGUAAAGACUGGAGUAUUUCCUGCGAAAGAACAUAGUUAUCCGAUGGAAAAAGAAGAAUACGAAAAGUUUAUACAAUUUAUUAACGAAAACGAAACAAGCUCAUUAGACAAAUAAAAAUAGAUAUAUUAUUAAUUUUUCUAAGAUACAAGUUUAUUUUUUUUUUUAAU